AAGCAGGUCAGUAGUUCAGGCGAACAAUAACAUACAUGACCAUGAUCCAAAUAAAGAGCAGGUGCAAAAUCAAUAAGUAUUAAGGUACAGAAGACUAGUUGGAUGCCUUUCACUCAAAAUUAAAAAAAAAAACGACUAAAUUAUAUUUUACACUAUCAUUAAACCGGACAUCACUUGUUUCUCAUGUGCACUAUUGGAAAAAAAAAUUAAACUUUAUGCUGGCCUUGUGUUCUUAUUUUAUUUUAAUUGUAUAAUAUUUUUAAAAAAUAGACUAAGAUCAAGUACCUUUUAUUCAUAAGACACAACACAAGGGAAUUUUCAGUGUAAUAAUAAUUAUCAUCAUCAUCAUGAUAAUCAUAAUAAACGGUUGUAUUAGUAGAAGAUGACGCGGAUGUUCGCUGGGCGUUGUAUUGUUCUGUUAUAACGCCUAUUUGUGGAGUAGGUGGGAGGAGAGACAGAGAGAGGGAGGGGUAGAUAGAGCGCCAGUCAGUGUCUCUCUCCUUCAGAUGAUUCUGCUGCUGCUACUGGGUCACAGUUAUAUGCAGUCUAUUAUUAAUAACAGUGAGAGAGUAGGACACAGUCCACUCUGCAUACGUGAACUACAGGCGUUUCAAUAAUGUGAAAUAAAGUUUCGCCUUUAACAAGUUGCUGCUGCUGUUUUACUUUAUUUAGCUCAUCGCUCAGCACAGACGGACAGAGACAGACAAGCUCCUGCUGCUGCUGCUGCUGCUGCUGCUGCUCCUGCUGCUGUUGGUUGUUGGGAAACACGGAUCCCUCCGGCAAGGACUCCCUCUGGUGCAUUGAUGCACCCGUUCCAGUGGUGUAACGGGUGCUUCUGUGGUCUGGGACUGGCCUAUACCAAUAAAACGUGCACCAUGCCACCCAUCACAUUCCAGGACCUGCCUCUAAACAUCUACAUGGUGAUCUUUGGGACAGGCAUCUUUGUCUUCAUCCUGAGCCUCAUCUUCUGCUGCUACUUCAUUAGCAAACUACGGCACCAGGCCCAAAGGGAGAGGUUCGGAUACAGAGAGGUUGUUUUAAAAGGAGAUCCAAAAAAGUUGAAUCUUCAUGGGCAGACAUGUGCCGUGUGUUUGGAGGACUUCAAAGUGAAAGACGAGCUGGGGGUGUUGCCAUGCCAACAUGCUUUCCACAGAAGGUGCCUGGUGAAGUGGUUGGAGGUUCGCUGUGUCUGCCCCAUGUGCAACAAACCCAUCGCUGGCCCCCCUGAGCAGCACCACAGCAUAGGGACUCUACUGGAUGAACUGGUGUAGCUGUCCACGCCUGCCGGACAGGCUGGAACACUAUCAGCCAGUGACCAAAUGUGAAACUGUUCUGCAAUUAAAAAAUGCAGCAAAACAGCUCCAUUAUGACAGUGGUGGUAACUUAGGUACCACCCAGAAAAAGAAUAAAAAUAUGUUGUUGCAUAGCAACUGGCUUCGAAAUGGCAACAUGACACCUGUGGCAGCAGAGAUGUUUUUUUUUUUCCUGCUGCCCACGCAUCACUUCAUUUCUUUUUUAUUAUCCCUCUGUUCACACAGUUCUUCACAUCUUCUCCCGCUGCCCAGAGUGAUGCUAAUGGUACCAAAGUGGAGAAGAUGUUGUUUCAAUCUCCACAGUGAUGUGGACAAAUCAGUGCUGAAGGACGUAGCAGGAAGAUCCUCCCCAAGCAAGUGUUUCUAUGACUAUGACUAUGACUAGAAAUUAAGAUUGUCUGCACCUAUUUAAAAACAAGAACCCUGGUGGUUGCACAUUUAAACAGGUUACAUUGCACAUUGUGAGAGUUAUUAUAAAAAACUCCUGAAGCACAGAAAAUCUGUUACACAGUUCACUGGGGGUGAAGGUGGAGCAUGCUGGACUUUUUCAAAUAGAAUAAAAAAGAUCAUCCCCUUACUCGCUUUAAUGGACCACUAAGAGUUACUGCCAGCUGUCCACAUGUAUAUCCAUUAGUAUUCCACUUUGUUUUAGGGUAGUUUGAAAUAUUAAAGUGUCUACCAGCAGAAAUUAGACUGAUAGGUUGCAGUGAUGCAACCUCCCACCAUGACAGCAGCUGAAAGAAUCUAAAAAAAAUAUAAGGAAAGUGCUGGUGGAAGGAGCAGAGACGGCUCACAGACUGACAGUAUUCACUAUUCCAAGCUAUCAAAUCUUGUUAUCAGCUAAUUCUAAAGCGGGGGUGGACCUGGAAACAUUACUUACUUAAUUGUGGUUUAUGUUUCAAAAGAGUGCAUAACUAAGGUAAUGUUGCAUCCAGCUGUGUAACAGCAGAACCAAACUUCAAAUUGUGGUCCUAAGUCUUUGAUUUUCAUAAAACAAUAUAUUUCCACCACUAAAAUUAAUGUCCAGUAUUUAAAAAAUUAAACAUUGAUCACAGCUCAAUCUGCUAAAAAGGAACAAGUACAAUACAUGGACCUAGUUCAUGGACAAGGGUGUUUCAACAGUGUUAAUAGCACCACCUGCUGGGAGGAGAAGGGACAAUGCAACUCAAUACAUUGACUAAGGCUUUUAAAGAAUAGUCACAGCACCACCUACAACGAAGGAAGAGGCAGCUCCACCUAAUUUAUGCACCAGGCCUUUUAAACAGUGUUUAAAGCACCGCCUGCUGGAAAGGCUAGGGAGCUGCAUGUUGUUUGAAAACACUAACCAGAAACAUUUUGAGCCUACGCUAGUCUUUAACGUCGCAAAUGUGAAUGACUUGACAGAAUGAUUAUGGAUGAAAUACAUUCAUGUCUAAUCUGAUUUAAAGGAUUUAUUUUUCCAACAACUAAAUCAGUGUUUUGUUUUUUGCUCAUUUUACUGAGAGUAAAAAAAACACGUAUUUACUACUUGUGCAGGUAUACAUUCUAUAUUUGACGUCCUGUACACCAGGGGUGUCCACACUUUGUUGGCUUGGGAUCUGCUUUUCAACUGACCAGACCAAGGUGAUCUACCUACACUGAUAACAUUUAAUAUAUACUUAGUCAUAUGAGCUGAAUAUAUGUUGAUUAAAUAGGUGUAGCUGUAUGGCAC